GUUAUAAAAGUAUAAAGUUGAAAAAAUUGAUAAAAACUUUAUUUUAACCGCUUAAUUAUAUUUUUUUAAUUUUCAAAUUUUGUCCAAAAGGCUUAUCAGAGGGAGUAUAUAUUUUUUGGAGCAUGUAAAAUAUAAUUUUUUUAAAGGCUAAAAUGUAAAAUAUAAUUACUCCAUCUGUCUCAUUUCAAUUGUCAUUUAUUAAGAAUACAUAUAAUGCGAUAGAUAAAAAAUUUAAACCAUUUUUUUGCAUUGGAAAUAUGAUAUGGUCAGAUGCAUCAUUAAUUUUACAUAUUAAUCUAUCUAAUAGACUCAUUAAUAUUAGUAUGUGUUAAUAUGAAAGUGACACUCUCGAGAAAGUGUUAAAAGUGAAACAAAAUGAGACAGAAGGAUUUAUAAAUAGAAAUGGAUAAUAAUUUCUAUACAAAUAUUUUAAAUUAAAAUAUUUUUACACUUACUUUCCAUAGUUGAUUUUUUUUUUUUUUUUUUUUGAGAAAAAUUGAUUUUAGUUUAGAGAGUUAUAAAUUAAAUUAUCAAAAUAUACGAAAUUUAAUUCAUACGAUCCGGUCUAUAAAUUCAAUGACCGGAAUGAUCCUUUACGCUUAUUUAUUUCAAAACCAACAUAAAAAGAAAAACUCCCCAAUAAAUAUUUCUUUGUUUGCCUUCCAAGAAAAGAAAAAAGAUACCCUACAACAAACGAGAUGGAUUGAAAUAUCAUAAAAUUUGUUUCCUUUUCCAAUUCGGUUUAUUCUCAGUCUCCUAUUUAAACUCAACCUCUCUAUUUGCUCUUAAACCCUAUUCAAACCCCACGUUCUUAAAAACUUUUCCAGACAAAAAAAACCCUAAUAAUGGAGAUUUUAUUGAACGGAAAGGGCACAACAAUGGCGGCAGGAGGAGAAAAGAGGCCAAAAACAAAAAUAGUUUGCACAUUAGGGCCACAAUCAAGAUCUGUUGAUGCCCUAGAAAAGCUUUUAAGGGCUGGUAUGAAUGUGGCUCGUUUCAACUUCUCUCAUGGAACUCAUUCUUAUCAUCAGGAGACUCUUGAUAAUCUUAGAAUUUCCAUGAUUAAUACUGGUAUUCUCUGUGCUGUCAUGUUGGAUACCAAGGGACCUGAAAUUCGAACUGGGUUUUUGAAGGAUGGGAAGCCUAUACAGCUUACGCAGGGUCAAGAGAUUAUCAUCUCGACUGACUAUAGCUUGAAGGGUGAUGAGAACAUGAUCUGUAUGAGCUAUAAGAAAUUGGCUGAAGAUGUGAAUCCUGGGAGUGUUAUUUUGUGUUCUGAUGGCACAAUUUCUCUUAGAGUUUUGUCCUGUGACAAGGAGAAUGGCAUGGUUCGGUGCUGUUGCGAAAAUUCUGCAUUUCUUGGUGAGAAAAAGAAUGUCAAUCUUCCUGGUGUAAUUGUUGAUCUUCCCACUUUAACUGAAAAGGAUAAAGAGGAUAUUUUGCAAUGGGGAAUUCCCAAUAAGAUUGACAUUAUCGCGCUAUCCUUUGUUCGCAAAGGUUCAGACCUCGUGGAGGUCCGAAAAUUGCUAGGAGAGCAUGCGAAAAACAUCCUUCUCAUGUCGAAAGUUGAAAAUCAAGAAGGGGUUGCUAAUUUUGACGACAUUCUUGCGAAUUCAGAUGCGUUUAUGGUGGCGCGUGGCGAUUUGGGAAUGGAGAUUCCAGUUGAGAAGAUUUUCUUAGCUCAGAAGAUGAUGAUCCACAAAGCUAACAUAGUAGGAAAGCCUGUGGUAACCGCAACUCAAAUGUUGGAGUCGAUGAUCAAGUCACCAAGGCCUACUCGGGCUGAAGCAACUGAUGUCGCCAAUGCGGUUCUUGACGGUACUGACUGUGUUAUGCUCAGUGGAGAAACUGCCGCUGGUGCAUAUCCUGUAAUUGCUGUUCAAACCAUGGCCAGAAUUUGCAUGGAGGCUGAGGAAUUUAUAGACUAUAGUGAUCUUUUCAAAAAGAUCAUGCUAAACGCUCCCAUGCCAAUGAGUACAUUAGAAAGUUUAGCCUCUUCAGCAGUAAAGGCGGCAAAUUCUGUCCGAGCAGCUUUUAUUUUAGUACUAACUAAAGGUGGAAACACAGCAAAGCUGCUAUCUAAGUACCGUCCAAGCGUGCCGAUUUUGUCUCUGGUUGUUCCUCAGAUUGUGUCCGAUUCUUUCGAAUGGACGUGCAGUGACGAAACCCCGGCUAGGCACAGCCUUAUUUACCGCGGCGUGGUUCCGGUUUUGAGUGCAGGCAGUAUAAGGGGUUCUGGCAGUGAAUCAACAGAUGAAGCAAUUAUGGAUGGUUUGAAAUAUGCAAAGAUGAAGGGGUUUUGCAAGCAAGGAGAUUCUGUUGUUGCACUGCACAAGAUUGACAAUUCUUCAGUGAUUAAAAUUUUGCUUGUAGAUUAAUUAAUUAUAGUGUCAGGAUAUGAUUUUGAGUCGAGUCAACAAGAUUUUGCAGCAUGUAAUUGUGCUGGAACUUUUUUCUGAGUGAUUUUAAUUGAGAGAAGUGUAACCAUAGGCUCUUUACAAUUUUGUAAUUUCACAUUUUUAGUCAUAUUCCUUUAGUUAUUCAAAUUGUUCCUGCAAA